UAUAUGAAACUUUGAUUCACUCAGGAUUUCAAAGGGUUUGCUGGAUGUUCUUUCCUUCUUGAAUAGAGUACUUCAUUUCUUCAUGUAACCACAAUUUCAGUGAUGAAAGUCAUCUUGUACAUAGCUACUCUGCUAGAGAACAACAGAACAGGAGCAUGCAUCAGGACGGACUUCAGCUGAAGUCGUUUCUUUGUACAUUUUAAGCAGGCUUGGAAGAAAUCCCAGGUGAUUUAAUCUCUACUUUCAUGCAAAAGGUAUGAUUUCUGUUGAUUAUUGUAGGCAUAAGCCAGCUCCCAGUUUCUCAGCCUCUGCUGACCUGGGGUGUGCUUAAGCCAAGCCAAAUCUUUAAUCUGUGCACUGUCAUCUCUUGUGGUCCUCCAUCUCCAGCCACAAGUUCACCCCCUGCACCCACGUUCCUUGUGUGUGGAGGAUCCUUGCAGCUUCCCUGAGGCAGGUGUAAACAUUUUUUCUUUUAAGAGGGCAGCAGAUGUAACCUUCAACCUGCGUUAAUAGAGCCUGGCACAUAAUCACUGUUCCAACGGCGUAACUAACAAAUAUUUACUUAGCAAAUGAAAACAAAAAGCAGAGAUAACUCAGGUAUUCUUUGUAGGGGAGGAACUUGGAAAUCUGUGAUUAAAAGCCAUGUCAUCCAGUUAGAUGGACUCUCCCUGGCAAACAGCAGGGUGUAAUUACAGUGGCCAAUUUGCAAUUGUGAAGAAAUGUAGAGAAAUAAGCACCGGUUUGGAGUACGCUGCUAAGUUCAUUAAAAAGCGUCAGAGUCGGGCCAGCCGUCGAGGGGUGAGGCGUGAGGAAAUAGAACGGGAGGUGGACAUUCUGCAGCAGACCCUACAUGCCAACAUCAUCAAGCUUCACGACAUCUAUGAGAACAAGACGGAUGUGGUUCUCAUCCUUGAGCUGGUGUCUGGAGGAGAACUUUUUGACUUCCUGGCACAGAAGGAAUCUUUGAGUGAGGAGGAAGCAACCAGAUUCAUCAAGCAGAUUUUGGAUGGUGUGAAUUACCUCCACUCUAAGAAAAUUGCUCACUUUGAUUUAAAGCCUGAAAACAUUAUGCUUCUUGACAAGAAUAUUCCUAUUCCACACAUUAAACUCAUUGAUUUUGGCCUGGCUCACAAAAUAGAAGAUGGAGUUGAAUUUAAAAACAUUUUUGGAACUCCAGAAUUCGUAGCUCCAGAAAUAGUGAACUAUGAACCACUGGGGCUGGCUGCAGAUAUGUGGAGCAUAGGAGUCAUCACCUACAUACUGCUUAGUGGUGCAUCACCUUUCCUUGGAGAAACUAAACAAGAAACGCUCGCUAACAUCACAGCUGUGAAUUAUGAAUUUGAUGAAGAAUUUUUCAGCAAUACCAGCGACCUAGCAAAAGAUUUUAUUCGGAAACUGCUGGUGAAAGACACACGGAAACGUCUUACAAUUCAAGAAGCUCUGUCUCAUCCAUGGAUAACGACUCACCAGCUGAAGGAAGAAACAAAAGUUGAAGAAAACAAGAAGGCUGAGAACACACAGCUCAAGACAAAACGACUGAGAGAGUACACCAUAAAAUGCCAUUCAAGUAUGCCUCCUAAUAACACCUACAUCAACUUUGAGCGCUUUGCCCAGGUAGUAGAAGACAUUUCAUUUAUGGAACGAGAGGUCAGCGCUUUGGCUGCGUCCCACGACUCUUUGCAGGAGGACAUUGAUGCUCUGGUUUCCAUUUAUAAUGAAAAAGAAGCUUGGUAUAAAGAAGAAAAUGAAAGCGUGAGGCAUAAGCUGUCUCAGCUCAAGUAUGAAUUCCGCAAAACUGAAUCCCUGAAAAGACAUCUGCAAGAUGAUAUCAAGGCUGUAGGAGCCAGUCUUACAGUCAUAACUGGGAAAUAUGCUGCUCUGCAGAGUCAGUACGAAUCUCUCAGUCAAGAGCUUUCUGAGGAUCUUAAGUGGAUACAGGAUUUGAUGAGUAAUUUUCAACUGGAAAAUGGAAAUGAAGCCUGUGUGAAUGGAAACUUUGACUCUGUUUUCAACAAAGAUAUCAAUGAAUCCCUAACGGAUCUAUUAAACAGAUCGUGCUGUGAAGAAUUCCUUGCAGGGCUGAAUCUCAAUGUAGCAGAAUCAAAUCAGUAAUGUUCUACAUCAGGUUACAUGCAGGCUUUGCUGCCUCUCUCAGUGUACGACAGUUAAAAAAAAUAACGUUUCAGUGCAUAAUCUCCACACACAAAAACAUUACCUAGAACUGAAACAGGAAUUCUGAUGUGUUGCACAAGUUGCUGACCAAAACCCAAAUAUAAAUUCCCAGUGCUUAAGUUUGUAGUGUUUUAAGUUCUUUCCCAUGCUUGGUGUCUGAACUUACAGGAACUGGGUUAUCACUGUAGUAUGGACCACAGCUAACCUGCAUCCUUUUGCAUUUCCUAUGUCAUACUUAUCAUACGCUACGGUUCCUGAAGUUCACUAAGUAAUGAAUGCAGAGAAGAGAGUUCAGUCUGUAUUCACUGGGCUGGGUGCCUAGAAACCAAUUAAGAAUUAAUGAUAGCAUGUCCAUUUGGAUGAAAGAAAUAGUUACCUAGAGCUGCUGUGGGCAGUUCUACAGAGCAGAUGGGAGAAGAAUUUGCAAGUAUUUGCAAAAAAAUUAAAUCUGUGCUGUAACAUGAAGUAAAUGAAGUUAGCAGUUUAGUAUGGGGAAAUUCUCUGUGAGAAUGGCUGCUGCUGAAGAACAGUUAAAAUCGGGCUUUUCAAGCUGAAGUUUUUAGGCCUGUAAUUCAGAUUGGGAUCUUCUACCAUCAGGUGUUAGCUAAUGAUUAAUUCUUCAGUUUAAAAUUCAGUGGAGUUUCUUGUCCCAUAACAAAGAAACUUACUCCAAAGACAGAAUUACGAGUUUGUAAUGAUCAAAUUACUGUGUAUAUCAUUUUGCAGUGCCAAUAUUAAAAUGUGAGUGAUGACAAGCAGUAA